CUCUCUCUCUCUCUCUCUCUCUCUCUCUCUCUCUCUGUGUGUGUGUGUGUUUCUGUAACAUGUCUCUGGAGGCCAAAAGAUACCUAAAUAUAUUAUCCUCAGAAAUACUUUCCACCUCCUUUGAGACAGGAUCUCUCGCUGGCUGGGAUCUUUCCAGUUAGGCUAGGUUGGUGGCCAGCAAGCCACAGGGAUCUUUGUGUCUCUCUCAAUGAUAGGACUACAAAUAUAUAUCACCAUAGUUAUUUUUGUGAAGGUGCUGGGAAUUCAACUCAAGUCUUCCCUUUUUUUUUCAAGAUACAUACUUAGUGAACUGCACCAUUCUCCUUGACCUCAGGGGUCCCACUCUUUAAUCCUUUUGAUUUUUAAACUUUUCUGUUUUUAUAUCACCUUAUUGCAGUAGAAAUAAUAAAUAUCGAUGAAUAACCUUUACUUGUACUAUUAUUGUCUUUUUCCUUGAGAGUUUCAUACAUGUAUACUAUGAAAUAUGACCAUGUUAACCCCCCCCAUUUUCUCCCUCUAACUUUCCCCAUAUUCCUCCACCACACGUUGCUCUCCAAACACAUCUCUUCAUUUUUAUGAUAGCUCAUUAAUUUGAAUUAGUAUUACCCAUAAGUGCAUCGAAGGGAGGCCAUCCACUGAAACACAGAAACACCUACCAUUGGGAACACCUUCAAGAAAGAAUAAUUCUUCCUCCCCAAGAUCUAUCAGUUGCCAAUGGCUCAUCCAUAAGGGAUAGGGUUUGGCAAGCACCUCCCCAUCAGUGAAAGGCCCCAUUCUUCAGGCUAACAUUUGGAGACUGGGGGAGGUGCUAGGCUCAUAAUUAUUAACAUGAAUCUUAGAGUGAUCCAUACAUUCAUAUUCUAGCACAUGUUUAUUUUUCAUGUGCUAAAUGUCAGACUCUGUCUAUACAGUCCAUAUCCUUUAAUGAUUAUAACAGUCUCAAAACAUAUUUCCAUAAUUUUUCUUUUUAAAACAGGAGAAUAAAUCUGAUUUUGUGGGCCAGAUAUAGUGGCACAUUUCUUUAAUCCCAGUUCUAGAGGAGCAGAGGUAGACAGAUUUCUGUGAGUUUGAGAUUAGUCUGAUCUACAUAGAGUUUUAGGCCAGCCAGGGCUACAGAAUGAGACCCUUUCUUAAACAAACAAACAAACAAACAAACAUGCCCAAAUUUCUGAAUUGUGAAUACUAUUAUUUCCAAGCCUUAUAAAUAUCACAGCAUAAUACUACCUUCUGCAUCCAAGACCCAGGGCUGAGCUUCAGGGAGUACCUGAGUAAAACUGUGGUCUUUGCACUCAAAUAGCACUUGAUCUCCCCCCCCCCACCCCCAGAACAAAUGCACAAUGAAGACUUUUUCCAGGUGUAGCUCAGGAAAUCACAGAUAUGUCGAUUUCUCUGGACCCAGCUCAAGGGGUGGAUUUAAUACUUUCCUGCGUGUAUAUAAAUAACUCAUAUUUAAUGUAGCUUAUAAUACACUGGAAACUUUCACGUGAAAUUAGAUCGGAAUUUUUCCUGCAAACCUACGUAGAUAUUAUGCAAAUCUGGCAUAUUUUUCAGAGGGGAAGAGUGAGGUAAGGUAACUGAAGUAUUCAUGUUGGGUACAAUUUAAUUUUGAGAAGGAAAUGUCUGAAACAUUUCCCCUAUAUAGCAAAAGAAGCAAAGUUCAUGAAAUUACCUAUUUGUCAAUAUUGUAUGAAAUAACCUAAGUGAUUAACUAAUAACUAAUACAACAACUAAAAUUUUCGGAGCACCCAGAUGUAUCAGCUUCUAUGCUAUGCUUCAGCUAGCAUAAAGAACAAGGAUUCCCCUAGCUAGUCGCUAGUAGGUGGUGUAGGUUCAUCAUGAGAAGAGUCAGGCAGCAAACCUGCUGUACAAUUACUUCUGAGUAGACGGCUCUGGAAAAUGUCUCUCAAGGUUUGACACCAGCCCUGUAAACAGGUUCCCUCCUCCGCUGUUUUGCUAACACACCAACGACAGAGGAAUGGAUCUGAAGAGCCUUAGCUCAGAGUAAAGGGAUUUGGCAGCUGUGGGUGACGGUGGGAGGAUGCUAACAGAGACUUCUAGUGAUGAAAAUUCAACUUAUAAAAGUGGAAAACUAUCAUUUAAGUCAGAAUUCUUUCUGGUCUUGUUGAUCCUGUGAGGGAUCAGUUGGCAGAGACAUCCACUCAUAUACCCUUUAUGCCUAAAGAGAAAGGAAUAGGAUGCCACAAAGUGCCUCAAAGCACCAGAAGCUUGUUGCAGAAGCAGCAAGACUCCAUUAGGGCCUUCUUCAUGUUGGUAGGUCUAUGAACUUAAUCAACUGUAGUCUACCAUUCUCACGAGAACAGUAAGCAUGAGACAACCAGGAGACCCUCUGUAAAUCAAUACUUACCUGAAUAUUUUCAACUUUGGGCAAGACUAGAAGAGAUGCCAGUGGGAUCAACAAAAAGUAACUUAGUUGUUAUAACACAAACCACACAGAGACAUUGUUUGUGUUGGCUGAAACAAAGCUGAACCUUAGACACCAAAGAUAAAACAAACAAACAAAACCCAAUAAGCUCUAUGUACUCCCUUAGUUGAGCCAGGCUCUAUCUAUAUCUGUAUCUGUAUCUGUAUCUGUAUCUGUAUCUGUAUCUGUAUCUGUAUCUGUAUCUGUAUCUGUAUCUGUAUCUGUAUCUGUAUCUAUCUGUAUCUGUAUCUGUAUCAUCUGUAUCUGUAUCUGUAUCUGUAUCUAUCUGUAUCUGUAUCUGUAUCUAUCUGUAUCUGUAUCUGUAUCAUCUGUAUCUGUAUCUGUAUCUGUAUCUGUAUCAUCUGUAUCUGUAUCUGUAUCUGUAUCUAUCUGUAUCUGUAUCUAUCGCAUCUAUAUAUCUGUAUCUAUAUAUCUGUAUCCACAUCUAUCUAUCUACCUACCUAUCUAUCUAUCUAUCUAUCUAUCUAUCUAUCUAUCUAUCUAUCUAUCUAUCUAUCUAUCUGCUUAUGGUAGAAAAGAUCCAACUUAAUUCUGAAAUGGUUCAUCUUUUUGGGGGGAGAAAGCAGGAUAGGUCUGAUUUCUGACAUUGGUGUUGUGGACGUCAAUCCCAAUAUCUCUACUCUGGAAGUAACGAGUAGAACAUAUACCAGGGUGCAUUUCUUACUUGGUGUUUGUAAAUUAUAUUAAAGCUGUUGAGACCAUUAAUUGAAAGCAACGAGGAGCAAGCAGUUGAAUAGGACGUUGUUCAGAUUCCAGCUUCUGCACACAGUGUGUGGAGUGGUUGUCCCGACAACCACACUGAAACUGUGAGAAUGGAGUAGCAGGAAAGACAUGAACUUGCUGCCAAUGCCAACUGCAAGGCCGAGCAGGACUUGACUCCUGGCUCAGGGUUGUUAAUCUCCAGGCCAGUGUAGGCCACAGAACACAUAUCUACAAUGCCUUGGAGGGGCAUUUUCAUUCGUUUUAUCAACAUUUCUCCAUUCUCAGCCUAUUUUGUAUUCAUGCUUCAUUUCAUUCUUUAUUAAGAAUUAUUCUCAUCUUCCAUUGUUUUUGUAUUUUCCUAGUAAUUUACUGUCAUUCCUUUUUAAUAUUAUGAGCCUUUCAUGAUUUCCAAAAUCAGUACUUUCAGUGCAACAGAUAUGUUCUGUUAUCAAGAAAUUAGCCAGUUAAGCUUCUCCUGUGAGACAGGGGUCAAAUGUAGCUCAUGAAAGUGAUAGAUUUCUGUGAGAUUACUGCUUUCUGUAGACCAGUCUGGGCCUCGCACUGUCUGUCUGGUUAAGCCUGUGAGUCAACGUGGCUGUGGUAAGUCCACACCAUUGUUUGUCACUUAAUCUUAACCAAAAAGUCAAUAAGCAAAACCCCAGUGCUCCUUAAUCCAACCACAUGUAUAGACUGAAUUGAGCACUUCUCAUAUAAAACAUUUUCAAAAGAAAAGCAGAGCUUUGUAGUAGGACAAUUAAACCAGAACAAAAGGGCUACCAGCUCGCUGUACUUUUAUUUUGCCCUUUCCCAAGGAUGAAUAUGGUUGACCAUGGAUGAUUCCACCUGAGUCAAGCAAAAUCCACAUGAGGAUAGUGGCAAUCCAAUAAACAUCAAUGACUGCUGGCAAAUGAUCAGAAGCAAGAAAAAGGAGGUCUCAAAGGAAGCACAGCUCUACCAUCACCUUAAUGUCGCAUUUCUGGCCUCAAGGACUGUGGGACAGUAAGGUUCUGCUGCGGCUGUGUAGAUUUCCCAGUCUGUGGUGGUAUGUUCUGCAAGUUUAGAGAGAGUCCUUUGUGCUGUGAGUGUCAAGAAUGCAGUGUCUUGACUUGCACCUUGUUCACUUAGCAGGGUGUGUUUGGAGUGGACCGUGGGGGAAUCCCUUCAUCUUCAACUGUGUGUCUAUUGCUUCAUGUAAAAGUCAUACAGUUCUCAUGCGCUGAUUCCCUCAGUUGUGAUGUGGACACAGUGUGAGAACAGCAUCUACCUGGACCAUGUUGCAACACUCAUGACACUUAAGGGGAAAAGAGAAGUAACUUAAAUGAGCCGAUGCUCAUCCUGCUUUUGAAGCCCAACUUUUAUGUGUUCUGCCAGAACCCGUGAGACUGUAAGAGGCUAACUGACUAGCUUGUAAAUAGGGUGGAACCAAGCCCAAAACCUAAUAAAAUUCUGUCAAGGCUCUCUCUCCUUCCUAUCUAUCAAGGCUAUUGUGUGGAAGAUGAUAGCUUUGCCUGAUGUAAGGUUGGAGAUUGAAAUAGAUAUGAUAAUUCAUGAACAAGGCAAUGUGAGAGGUGCCAUAAAGUACAGCUUGAUGAAUUCUUCUAAUUGAGGUCUCAAAUAGUAGCAUGCAUUGCAGAGCUUUUAAAGCCAAACAAAAAAAAAAAAAGAAAAAGAAAAAGAAAAAGAAAAAAGAGAAAAAGAAAAGAAAAGAAAAGAAGCAAAAUAGCAAGAGAUUGCUUUGGGUUGGAAUGCAUACCUUGCAGAAGUGCUAGAAGGAGUGCUGCUGAUGUCAUCCUUCUCUAUGGCUCAGGCUAAUCUUUACAUCUCUGGGAUCAUACAUCUUACCGUAUGGUGUAAUUGGCAGCUUGCAUACCUCCAUUAAACAAUGACAUAAGCCAUGCACACCUUGAAUCCCAGCACUCAGGAGGCAGAGGCAGGUGGAUCUCUGAGUUCGAGGGCAUCCUGGCCUAUAAAGUGAGUUCUAGGACAGCCAAGGCUACACAGAGAAACCCUGUCUUGGAAAACCAAACCAAACCAACCAAAAGCAGUAACAAAAAAGUAAAAUAUUUUAUCAUUUAAAAAUACUUGCUAUGUGUCACCGAAUGCCAAGCAAGAAGGGUAUAAGCAGAUGGAUGGAGGGGGACAUUGAGAAAUAAAGUCUGAAAUGCAUGAUUUGAUGGAUGUGUUUCUGCGACAGAAGGACACAGUCAGGUGUUUUGGUGUCACACUAAGAAAGCUCUUCAAUAGCAGAAUGCAGGGGCAGAUGAAAAGAGCUUCUGUUCAUAAAGGAAUAAAGUGAGGCUGGAAGCUUUGUUUUUCAGUAUUGAACACACACGUCAGCUUCAGCAUGGGUGGGGCCUAAAGGAGGGAACCCCGUUAAAGACACAGAGUCCUCCAGAUCAAAGAUGAUUUUUUCCUUUUUUAAAGAUCCAUGGGAUAUGACUGGAAGCAUUAUGAUCACAGUCCUUCUUGUGGGUCAAAAAGGAAAGGAAAGUCAUCAGUUUAUUACCGAGCACUAGCGAUGACCAGAACAACCUUGACAUUCCCACCCCAUCCCGAGGGCUUGGCAGUGAGCGACAGUCAGAUGGCAGCUCUCUGUGUGUGUGCAUUUAUCAUAGCAGGGGGAAGAGGAGCCUAAGUGAUGGAAAUGCACUUCUUAGCUGCUGCAAAGCUGGCCUCACCCGCAGUUAAGGCAAAGAUGGACGAGUCACCUCCCACUGCAGGGUGCCUCUGUGCCAAGGUCUCAGAACCUUGCCUAUGCUGGAUGCAUGACUCAGGGCUAAGUCAAGCCUUCAGUGUGCAGUAGCUUUGGUGCAGAGAGUUGAAACACUUGCAAGGUUUUUAUGGGUUGAAUUUACCCUGAGGUUAAGGUUGUUUUCUCCAUGGCAACUGCUGACCCUAAUGGAGAGAUAUUUCUCCCUGGAGCUAGGCCACUGCGAGCUCUCUGCUUGCAUUGCUUCCCUCUGCACAGGACCUCUACUGAUGAUAGGGACUGCCUUUCAAGCUGUUCGUGAUGGGAACAUUAGCCUGCAUUUGAUCUUUAUGUUGUCUUUUGUGAUAUGUUCUGGAAUUUAAGGAACUCUUUCCCAGAACAUCAGUAACAGUCAAAACAAUAAGGAGGUUGAAGAAUGCUUGUUCUCCAAACUGCUUACCAGCUUAUCUGUCUUGUACUCCAGCUUUCCUCACAUCUAUUCAGAUCUAUGGCUGUCUGGUGUAUUUCACUCCAGAAAUGAUCCUUUCCUGACCAGCAUCAUAUAUAUAUAAUCUUUUUUUUUACAGUCCAGUCAUUAUACUAUUCAAGAUUCACCAGAUCUGAAAGUUUCUCAUCCCAUUCUUCCUCCCCACUCCCACCCUGCCCUACUCCAGACCUCCCCACUCCCUGGAGCCUCAAGUCUCUCCAACAGUUUGGUGCUUCUUUUCUCACUGAGGACAGACCAGGCAGUCCUCUGCUAUAUACGUGUUGGGAGCUUUUGACCAGCUAGGGUAUGCUGCUUGGUUGGUGGCUCAGUGUCUGAGGGAUCUUAGGGGUCCAGAUUGGUUGAGAAUGCUGGUCUUCCUAUGGGGCUGCCCUCCUCCACAAUCCCUUCCAGCCUUUCCCUAAUUCAACCACAGGGGCCCCAGACUUCCGUCCACUGGUUGGGUGUGAGUAUUUGCAUCUGUCUCUGACAGCUGCUUGUUGGGCCUCUCAGAGGGCAGCCAUGCUAGGCUCCUGCCUGUAAGGACAUCAUAGCGUCUUAGCAAGAAACAUUUAGAACUUUGCAUUGAACGAACUUAAUGUCAUCAGUAAAUCUGCCCACAUCUAGAGUCUACCCUUAACAGUCAGAUGCUUGUCUUGGCAUAUAUCUCUUCACUCAAACUGGACUGUAUUUUGUUUUUUUGUUUGUUUUUGAGAUUGUAUUUUAGUGACUUUUCUCUCUUCUCUUUCCUCCCCUCAAGCCUCCCAUACACCCCAUCCUUGAGUUCCUUCAAAUUAAUGUUCUUUCUCUUUAUUAAUCAAUUGUCAUUACAGACAUAUAUGUAUGUGUACAUUGCUAAAUAUAACCCAUCGAGUCCACAUAAAGUUCCUGUCCUUCAGUUUCUGUCUCCAAAGUUCUAGGAUUAAGAACCAUGCCCGGUUUAAUGGCUUGCUUUUUCUAUAGUAUAACCAGUGAAGACUUCUUGGCAUAAGAAGAAUAAUCCUGCUGGUAGUCUGAGCAAACGAGCCAGGUGUUGUAGACUCAGAAAGGCUUGAAGAAGGCAGAUGUGAAGAGCAAAUGCAAGUGGACCAUUCUGACGUUAUAUUUAAGAUGAGGACACAGAGAGGUCAGUAGGAAGCUGUGUGCUUGGUUAACUCAAUCUUAAUAAGACUUGUCAAUAUGUUGGGACUGAUGGAUUGCCUUUCCGAUAGGAACUGAGUCCUUGGCUCAUCAUAGAGCUACAUACAGAAACCCAUCCUUGUCAGUGACCUGCUGCAUGCUAGGUCCCUUUAACUUUACAGUGAAGCAGGAAGACAGCUUCAGUUUCUGAACUGGACCCGGGUGGUAAGCUGAUUCCGUUCCCCUGUAAGCUAGCUGAACAAACGGCAACUGCCUCUCCAUUCUUUUCAAGCUAGCAUGGGAGGAAGCGAGUGAACACGGGCCUGCAGACUUCCCUACGUGGUCACACACACGAGACAGAAAAUGGAUAAAGAAAAAAGUGAUCCUUCCUGCAAGUCCUCAGACCUCAAAAUAUCCAACAUCUCCAUCCAGGUGGUCAGUGUCCCAGGGAAGCUACCAGGGAGAAGACCACCUCGAAAACCCAUUGGCAAACCCAGGCCCCGCAAGCAGCCUAAGAAGAGAGCUCCCUUUUGGAAUGUUCAAAAUAAGAUUAUUCUCUUCACAGUGUUUUUAUUCAUUCUGGCAGUCACAGCCUGGACACUUCUAUGGCUCUACAUCAGUAAGACAGAGAGCAAAGAUGCUUUUUAUUUUGUUGGAAUGUUCCGCAUCACCAACAUUGAGUUCCUUCCUGAGUACCGGCAGAAGGAGUCUAGGGAAUUUCUCUCCAUGGCAAAGACAGUACAGCAAGUGGUAAACCUUGUUUAUACAACAUCUGCUUUCUCCAAAUUUUAUAAGCAGUCUGUGGUUGCAGACGUCAGUAACAACAAAGGCGGUCUCCUGGUCCACUUUUGGAUUGUGUUUGUUAUGCCACAUGCCAAGGGCCACAUCUUCUGUGAGGAGUGUGUGGCGGCCAUCUUGAAGGACUCCAUUCAAACCAGUAUCAUAAACCGCACUUCUGUGGGGAGCUUGCAGGGUCUGGCUGUGGAUAUGGACUCUGUGGUAUUAAAUGCUGGGCUCCGGUCAGAUUACUCUUCAGCUGUAGGAUCUGACAACGGCUGCUCCCGGUACUUGUAUGCAGACCAUCUGACCCUCCGCUACCCUCUGGAGAUUUCCGCAACCUCGGGACAACUAAUGUGUCACUUCAAGUUGGUGGCCAUCGUGGGUUAUCUGAUUCGUCUCUCCAUUGAAUCCAUCCAAUUGGAAGCCGACAACUGUAUCACCGACUCCCUGACUGUUUAUGACUCCCUCUUGCCAAUCCGGAGUGCCAUUCUAUACAGAAUCUGUGAACCCACAAGAACACUAAUGUCCUUCGUUUCUACAAAUAAUCUCAUGUUGGUGAUACUGAAGUCUCCUUAUGUGCGAAGGCUGGCAGGGAUCCGAGCAUAUUUUGAAGUCAUUCCAGAACAAAAAUGUGAAAGCACAAUACUGGUCAAGGAAAUCAACAGCUUUGAGGGGAAAAUCUCAAGUCCGUAUUACCCAAGUUACUAUCCUCCGAAAUGCAAGUGCACCUGGACAUUCCAGACUUCCCUAUCAACUCUCGGCAUAGCCCUGAAAUUCUACAACUAUUCCAUAACUAAGAAGAGUGCAAAAGGCUGUGAGCACGGCUGGUGGGAGAUUAAUGAACACAUGUACUGCGGCUCCUACAUGGAUCAUGAGACCAUUUUCCGGGUGCCCAGCCCCCUGGUCCACAUCCAGCUCCAAUGCAGUUCCAGGCUUUCAGACAAGCCACUCUUGGUAGAAUAUGGCGGUUACAACAUCAGUCAACCGUGUCCUGCAGGAUCUUUUAGGUGCUCCUCCGGUUUGUGUGUCCCUCAGGCCCAGCGUUGUGACGGAGUGAAUGACUGUUUCGACGAAAGUGAUGAACUUUUCUGUGUGACUGUAAAACCUGCCUGCAACAGCAGCAGCUUCCGGCAGCAUGGCCCUCUGGUCUGUGAUGGCUUCCGGGACUGCGAGGAUGGUCAGGACGAGCAAAACUGCACUAGAAGCAUCCCAUGCACCAGUAGGACCUUUAAAUGUGGCAAUGACAUUUGCUUCAGGAAGCAAAAUGCACAAUGUGAUGGUAUAGUGGACUGUCCAGAUGGAAGUGACGAGGAAGGCUGCGGCUGUAGCAGGAGUUCUUCCUUCCUUCACCGAAUCGUUGGUGGUUCUGACUCCCAGGAGGGGACCUGGCCAUGGCAGGUCAGCCUCCACUUUGUUGGAUCAGCCUACUGUGGUGCCUCAGUCAUCUCCAGGGAGUGGCUUCUCUCUGCAGCCCAUUGUUUCCAUGGAAACAGGCUGUCUGACCCCACGCCAUGGACUGCUCACCUUGGGAUGUAUGUGCAGGGGAAUGCCAAGUUUAUCUCUCCAGUGAGAAGGAUUGUGGUCCAUGAAUACUACAACAGCCAGACUUUUGACUAUGACAUUGCCUUGCUGCAGCUCAGCAUAGCCUGGCCUGAAACCCUGAAACAGCUCAUUCAACCAAUAUGCAUUCCUCCAGCGGGCCAGAAAGUGCGCAGUGGGGAGAAGUGCUGGGUGACUGGCUGGGGGAGAAGGCAUGAAGCAGAUAGUAAGGGCUCCCCGGUUUUGCAGCAAGCGGAGGUAGAGCUCAUAGAUCAAACCGUCUGUGUUUCCACCUAUGGGAUCAUCACGUCGCGCAUGCUCUGUGCAGGGGUUAUGUCUGGCAAGAGCGACGCCUGCAAAGGAGAUUCAGGAGGACCUUUGUCUUGUCGAAGAAAGAGUGAUGGAAAAUGGAUUCUGACUGGCAUUGUUAGCUGGGGACAUGGAUGUGGAAGACCCAAUUUUCCUGGUGUCUACACAAGGGUGUCAAGCUUUGUUCCCUGGAUUCAUAAGUAUGUCCCUUCUCUUUUGUAACUGUAACAGAUGGAUUGUUAACUGUGACUUAUAUGAGGAUAGAUCCUUGAAAAAGAAUGUAAGUAUUAUCAAUAAAAUUAAUCAUUUUUUCAACUGAAA